CUUCCCAGUAAAGUACUUCAAACUGAUAACUCAAAACACAGAACAUAUAAGAGUUUAUGCCAUUGGACAGGGAAGUUUUGUAAGAUAUCACUUCCUCUUUCAAUAACUGACAAUUUUAGAUUUAUUAUUAUUACGCUUGUAAAGAAUGUAAAAUUUUCUGUGGAAUUAACAGAACAUGACCCUUUAGACACCUCCUUGUGUAUGAAUCUGAUGAAGUAAUAGUGUUGUAAAUGAGGCAGCAUGUUUCGCUUCCUGGACAAAUUCUGUUAUUACCAAAUUCUGAAUGGCACAAAUGUCUCUGCGCAGUCUGUCUGACUGCAUUUAAUCAUACUGCUGUUUUCGGUCUUAACAGCAUUUGUGGAUUGUGAAGGUGAGCAGGUAUGGAAAACGAGGUGUACUAUUCAACAGUUACCUUCAAGUCAUCUGACAAUGACAAAUCUACAGGUACAGUGCCACAGUCAGAGGAGUCUGUAUUGUAUGCUGAGGUGAAAAGAAAACAAUCAACUUCACAGACACCUCCUGAGAACACAGAAAAAGAAACCUCCAUUCAGAUCUCUCCAACUUAUAGACGAGCUACUGUGUCUCUGGGGCUGCUCUGCUUCCUCCUGCUCACUGCGUUAACAACUUUCAGCACUUUCAACUACAUUCACAUGUCUAAAUACAACAAUAUUCUGGCCCAGCACUCUAAAGAGAAAUCCACCAAUCUGCAAUUACUGGCAGACAAGGAAGUGCUUGAGCAAGAGAGAGCAAAACUGACGACACAGGGUGAACAGAUGAAUGCCACACUGGACUUCAUACUCAAAAAAAGCAACUUUUUAGUGGAUGAGUACUGUCAGUCCACUGGAAAUGGGGUCCAGUGUACACCUUGUCCUCAAGAGUGGAUUCAGAAUGGUUCCAGCUGUUACUAUUUCCAUAAAAACCAGCCCUGGAAAACAUGGACAAUGAGUCAAGAAUACUGCAAGGGAUAUGGAGCUCAGCUGGCCACAAUAGACAGUGUGGAGGAACAAGAAUUCAUCAAUCAGCACACCACAUCAUAUUAUGAUGCAUAUCAUGGCUACUGGAUUGGACUCUCUGAAAAGUCAGAAACAGCUUGGGUCUGGACCACUAGGGCCAAACUUGAGGGAGGAUUCUGGAUCAGUGGCCCCUCAGAAGGAUACAUGGACUGUGUUCUGUCAAUGACCAGCAAAAACCCACUGAAAAGCUGGAUAUCAACAAGAUGUCACAUGUACAAUAGAUGGAUCUGCGAAAUGGACGUUUUAACAUGGCCAACCUUCCUUCAAGCCCAGCCAAACCUAAAUGACACCUCAACAUGAGCAGAAGACAAAACAAAAGACAACCAUCUCAAGAAUAACUUUAUUUUCCAAUUCAGUUGAUGUCUGACUUGUUAGCAAUGUUUCAAGUUCCACACAAAUCACUUCAAGCUGUCCACAUUUCAUCACAUUUUUGUCAUUGUGGAUAUGCUAUUUAAUAUGCAUUACACAAAUCAGUCUAUUAAAAACAUUUCAUGUCAAAAAUCAA